AUGGAACCGUCCACCAAGCGACGGAAGCUGGCCCCAAAGGUCGUUUCUCCCGCUGAUCCGAAAUCCCAGACCACUCAGGACACGACGUCACGCUACGCUGUGCCCCAAACAUCACAUCCCGAACGCCAUGACUUCGAGUCCUUUGCCCGACACCUUCAGGAUGCUGCCAUGCUCAUCCAGCGCCAGGCCGAGGCCCCCCACUACCGCCAUGUCGACGUGCUCAUGUUGACUUGGGAGGAUGGCAGCACUGCACCCCCAGAUGCCGACCUCACCGCCCUCGAGAAGCUCCUACACACAGUCUACCGUUACCGCACUCAACGAUGGCAGAUACCUUCUUGUCCCAACCCCAGCGUCAAGCUCGGCGCAAAGAUUGCCUCGUUUCUUGAAAAUGCUGCUCCUGACCAUCUUCUCAUACUAUAUUAUGCCGGCCGUAGCUUUGUUGGCAUCGAUGGCCAGCUGUAUUGGGCAAGCAACGAGGGCGAGGAGUCGGCCAAGUUGAAGUGGGACGGCGUGCGCUGCCUAUUUGAGGACGCUCAGCCAGACAUGCUUAUCCUUCUAGAUACAUGCGCAGUCCCGCACCCCGUCCCCUCUGGAAGCAAUGGAGUCAAGCAGGCCAUUGCGGCAUGCGCGUCCGGCCCGGAUGUCCAACCCGGUGCCUCUCCGCACUUCACCUCCAACCUAGUCGAGUCUCUGCAGAAGCUUGCACCUUCCAGUCCCUUUAGUGUUCAGCGCCUCUACGAGGAGAUGCUUUUUCUGCAUCAACAGCAGCUACGCCAACUACCCCCACCCUCACCACCUUCUUCGGGACCCAAUGGAAAUGACACCAAACCUCCCUCUCUCCCCCCCCCCGAACCGAUCCUCAUAACUGUCACACCUGGACAAGCACACACCCUGGCUCUCUCCCCGACACUGCCUAGGCCACUGGAGCUGCCAUCGCCUUGCAAUGGGGGGGACCCAGCUCAUCAUGUCAGCCCUGCUACUCCUGAAGAAAGAUACUUCGAGCCAGGCGCACUAGCCGAUAUCAAGUUUGGCGAAACACGCAUACUGGUCUGUACCACAUUCGUGGGCGAUGCGAGCGCGGACAUGUCGUACUUCCAUCACUGGCUGCAAAACACGCCUUCCUUGGGCUCCAAGAUCUCUGUAGAAGGCAUCUUCAUAGGCCCGCCAACCAUGCUUCUUAUCUCGAUGCCUCACUCUAUCUGGAACGUCGUCCAGCAUGACAAGGUCUGCUGCUUUCUCGGCUACAUAAAUUCUCACAACAUGCUUCACCUCUACCAAGGCCUCACCGGUCCUACCGGCCCCAAGCCAUCAGCUCAGCAGGCGGAAGAAGGGCGCGCUCUUCUUGAAGCAAGGGAGGCGGCGGCGGCGGCCGCCGCUGCUGCUGUUGCUGUUACCGCUACCGCUUCAGUUACACAAAUUCAACAAAGCAGUCAUGAACUAGACCAGCGCGACGUUACCCAACUGGCUCCCGGUUCACGAGAAGGUCCAGGUCCAGGCUCUGGUCCUCUGGUACAUGAUAGCCCCUCCAUCCGGCCUCAUUUCUUGCCUGCCAGUCCUGGUCCCCGGCCUGCUAAAGCUAAGGACGAGCAUGAGGGGUCAGCCGAGAUGCGCGAGGCCGCUGAGCAGCUCAAAGCACUGAGCCAUGUAAGACAUCAAAGUGACGAAGGCCAACCCCCCUCCACCAUCGGACGCCCUCGAACGAGUCUGCCCAACGGAAUGCUUAAUCCGGACACGUCAUCGCCGCGUGCAGGCCACGAAAUGGCCAUAGACGAACCCACGACGUCGUCCCUGUCAGCAACGUCUCCCAGUCGCGUUAAGGUCCCUCGACAUGCGCUACCAAAGCAUGAGACGCGCUGUAAUCACUGUACCCACGCGCCCUUUAGGGACUCUUCUUCCCUGCGCAAGCACAUCGCUGCCGCUCAUACCCGUCCAUUUCCCUGUGCAUUUUCAUUUGCCGGAUGCGGAAGCACAUUUGGCUCCAAGAAUGAGUGGAAACGGCACAUUACCUCACAACACCUGUGUCUGCAAUACUACCGCUGCUCCGAGUGUCCACAGGCAACGAUCGAAGGCAAGGGGAAUGAAUUCAACCGAAAGGAUCUGUUCACGCAGCACCUCCGACGCAUGCAUGCCCCACUAGAGAUCAAGCGGCCUGGUUCCAAGGAUGCCAAGGUCCAGGAGGAGUGGGAGUACAAGGUCAGACUGAUGCAGGAGUCCUGCCUGGUGACCCGACGCAAACCCCCGCAAAGGUGCGCCUGCCCCAAGCCCGAAUGCCUCCACGUCUUUGACGGUCCCAGCGCCUGGGACGAGUGGACCGAGCACGUCGGCCGGCACAUGGAGAAGGGUGAGGCAGCCAACCUCACCGUUGACCAGUACCUCGUCGACUGGGCCCAAGAAGAGACCAUUAUUGAGCCCAGACCCGACGGUGGCCAUCGUCUGAAUUACGGUAGCGGGAGUGGUAAUAACAGUACCACUCAGCUUCAUAACUUGAACGCUGCCACCAUCGCCGCCGCCGCCGCCGCCGCCGCCGCCCCUGCAGCCACCGCUACUUCGCCCAAACCUGCCAGCACUGGCAAUGAUGUGACAGCUUCUCCCAAUUCCUUUAAACCUACUACCCCUGCCAAUUAUCUGAGCGCUGUUGAUGCUGCCAAAGCCGCUAGUGCCGCCGUCGCCAAUGAGUCUAGCAGUGGCAGUCAAGAUACAGCCAGCAAUUCGGUUGUCGAGUCCAAGGAGUCAGAGGCGUCGAAUCCACCGUCGUUUACUGAGCCGUCCCAGACAACGGCACAGGAAGCGGCGCCUGUGACGACUGAGAUGGAAAUUGACAAGUAA